CUUUCUGUCUAAAUUCUAAUCCCCACCAACCAUAUCCACACCUUUUGCUUAAACCCCUUCUUUCCUUCUUUGCUAAAACCCUGUCUUGAUAAAUCUUUCUUAAACCCUUUUCACAAACCCAAGAAUCUGAGUGAAAAAAUGAGUGCUUUAUCAAGAAUCUCAUCUGGGCUAGUUCAAGAAACCAAGAAAGCCAAAACCCAGGAAGAGGAAACCAAGAACCGCCUCUGUGAUUUCUGUGGAGAAGAUUCAAAGGCUGUGUUGUAUUGCAGAGCUGAUGCAGCUAAGUUGUGUCUGAGAUGUGACUUUCAGGUUCAUUCAACUAAUCAGCUUUUCACAAAGCACAGUCGUUAUUUGCUUUGUGACUCAUGUGAUGCCUCCCCUUGUUCAAUCUUCUGUUCGAAUCAUGGGCUGGUUCUUUGUCAGAACUGUGAUUGGGAGAGUCAUGGUUCAGGGUCUGUGCUUCAUGAUAGGAGGCCUCUUGAUGGGUUUAGUGGGUGCCCUUCUGUGACUGAGUUGUUGGCUACUUUUGGGAUUGAGGAUUUGGGGCAAAGGAAGAAGAAGAGUUGUGGGUUUGAUGAUUACCUGAUUUGGGACACUCCUUGUAUAGUUGGUCUAGAUGAUUUGAUUGUUUCUGAUGGCUCUGACCAUAACUUUGUGGCUACCGGUGUUCCUCCUUUGCCUAAGAACCGAAAUGCUGUUUGCGGACAACACAAGGAAGAGAUAAUUUCUCAGCUCCGUCAAAUGGUAAAGUUGGAACCUAACUUUGGUGAUGAUCAGUUUGAUAUUGAGCUGUUUUCUGGUUUUCAGUCUUCAGCAUUUAAAGAUAACUGCCAGCAGAAGGAUGCCUGUUUCGACUUUGAACACAACAUGGAGGCAACCUACCUCCCUUCCAAUGCUGCAGGAGCAUUAAAAUAUUGCUCUGUUAGUAGCGGUGAGGGUGAAGAUCUUCCUUCUAUUCCAUUGCAAAACUUCUUUAGCACAGACUGUAAGGUUCCUGAUGGAAAACCAGAAAGUGUUCAAAGUUUGAAUCAAGGAAAUAGUGGACAUGGAACACAAGUUGAUGCUUCUGUCAAUGUUAGUGUUCCACAAAUCUUUCCUAAAGUUGCUCCACGUGAAUUUUCUAGCCAAGAACGAGACAAUGCUCUUACACGGUACAAGGAGAAGAAGAAAUGUAGGAGGUAUGAGAAAAAAAUCAGGUAUGAAUCACGCAAGAUUCGUGCAGAAAGCAGAGAAAGAAUUAGGGGGCGAUUUGCUAAAAAGGAUCACUGAUAGAAGUUGUCCGCAAGUAGUGAAGUAUGUUGGAACUUUGAGGUAAGAUUUGACCUUCAACCUUGUAGUGUAGCCGCAUAGGUUUCAGUUCUUAAGUCAUAAUAACUUGAGAAUGUAAUAUAAUGGAGUAAUCUCAAGCGUAUGUUGUUUUCCUGUUUUCAAAUAAAGAACUUAUUGGUAAGAUCAAAGCUACAUUUGUGUAAUGUAUAUUAUAUGCUGUGAUGAGUAAUGUUUUUAUUUAACAGUAACA